AUGCCAGCUCAGCUGAUAACCGAGCGCUAUUUCACCCCCAAAACCCAGCAAUCGCCAUUUGUCCAGCGAGCCACUCUGUUUCAGGAUCUAGUGAUCCGAUGCGUCCGAUACGCAUUCGCUGACAUUCCGGCGAGCAUUGGCAAGGUCUUCUUCUCGAAAUGGGUGGCCUUGCCCUUUAUGAAGUUCCGCAUGCUGCGACACGGGAUGUGGAAGAGUCCGAUAUAUUGGCGUGAAGUCGAUUGGGUCCGCCUCGUCCCGUCUUUGCAACUGCUGUGUCUUCGACGCUGACGGAGCGCAGGAGGGCGCCAAGGGCCUUUAUGCCGUCAUGGAUGCAUCUCGAAGACCAGACAUCGUGCUCUAUUACUGCCACGGUAAGCUGACAGCCCGGUCGAUAUAGCUAUUUGCUGACUGUCUUAGGCGGCGGCUUUUCCAUGGGGUCAUCAUACUUCUACUUGGAAUUUCUCAUGGCCUGGUUGACACUGUUGAAGCAGGCUGGCUAUGAAAAUCCGGCUCUUUUUGCUCUCGAAUAUAGUCUGGUUCCGGAGGCUACCUACCCAACUCAGAUACAAGAAGCAUUUGCCGGAUAUAAAUACGUACUCUCAAUGAUCAACGACCCGUCGCGGAUAGUCGUUAGCGGAGAUUCCGCAGGCGCGACGCUGAUAUUGAGCUUGAUGCUGUUCAUCUCGGGAUACUCCUCGAUCAAAGACAAAAUGCCAGGUCUUGCUGUCAUCAUCUCGCCGUGGUCGACGAUCAUCUCAUCAAAGAACCAAGACACCACUUCGGACUAUCUCAACGCCGAAAGUCUUCGGCUUUAUGGAUCACAAUACGUCGGCAAAGAUGCCUCUUCGGACAAUCCACUGGUGUCUCCUGGGCGGUGUGACGACCUCAGCUGGUGGCGCAGAGCGUCCCCUAGCCAAGGGUGGUACUUCAUCUACGGCGCCGAAGAGGUCUUCGCUCCGGAAGCGAAGGACCUAAUCACUCGAUUGAAGAAAGUUGACUGUCUCGUCAGCGAACACGAGGAACCAGGAUGGAUACACGCAUGGCCAGUUGUGAAAUUGUUCUUGUGCAAUCGACAGGAAGAACGACAGAGUGGACUGAGGAGUAUGGUCAAGGUUAUAUCGCAGCGCAUUGGAAAGUCCAAGUCGACGUAG